AUUGGUCAAACUACCAAAUGAGUUCUUCCAGGUUGUUGGGCCUAAUGGCCAUGGUUCUGAUGCUGCUGCUACCCAUGGCUGCCAAAGGGGAUGAUAUUAUUGAUAAUUUCCUUGACAAGGUUUGUGAAGAAGUGGAAUGUGGGAAAGGAAGCUGCGUAGUAAAUUCAAGUUAUCCAUUAAACUUCUUAUGUGAAUGCGACUCUGGCUGGAAGCGAACCCGAGAAGAUGACAAUGAUACAUAUGCCACUAGCUUUCUUCCAUGUGUCAUUCCCGAUUGUAGCUUGAACUAUGGUUGCCAGCCAGCACCACCUCCAGUCCCAGAGAAGGAUAUUCCCCACAACUUCUCAGCUUUUGAUCCUUGCUAUUGGGCGUACUGUGGGGAAGGUAGCUGCACCAAGAACAGGACAUAUACAUACAGAUGCGAAUGCAACCCCAAUUAUUUUAAUCUUCUCAACAUCUCCGUCUUUCCUUGUUACAGUGAAUGUACUCUUGGAUCUGAUUGUUCGAGACUAGGAAUUACAGUUGCAAAAUCAACCACAGACAGUGGCAGUGGCAAUAGCAGUCAAGCAGCAAGCUCGAUAUUUCCAGGAAGGUUCCAUUGGAUCGUUAUGUUGUUGAUGUCCACGGGUAUGGUUAUGUGGAGCUAGGACGCAAAGAGAUGGCUUUUGGCGAAGUUUCAUUUGGUGAAUUAUUGAUUUGAUUGUGGACACCACAGUUUAUUGUUGUGUGUAUUAUUUAUUUGUUGUGUAUUAUUAAUUAAUAGCCUCGUUAGCUUGUAGAAAUAAAGUCAGGGUUCUGUCAUCAGCGGAAGAUGACUAAUGUAUAGCAUAUGGGACACACACAGAUUAUGUAGCCUUUUAUUCACACCCACCCCAUUAUUACUGCAGUUGUAUUCGUUGUAUUUCUUCUUCAUUUU